GAUCGACCUAAAAAUAUUUUCACCGUUUUCUUAUCGUAGACCGCCGUGCGCAACCAUUUUUCACAUUGAUUGACUGAAGCCGUUGAAAGCACCUUCAGUUCGUCAUGUCUGCCAUACCCGGAGAGGCGAUGCCUCACAAGGCCUUUGACACGGUCCUGGUCCUGGAUUUCGGAUCUCAGUACACUCACUUAAUCACGCGCCGUCUUCGCGAGCUCAAUGUCUUCUCGGAGAUGCUCCCGUGCACCACAAAUAUUGCAGACCUAGACUUCACCCCCAAGGGAAUCAUCCUCUCGGGCGGCCCCCACUCGGUAUAUGAGGAAGGAAGCCCCCAUGUGGACCCUGCAGUCCUCGAUCUGAACGUUCCUAUUCUUGGCAUAUGCUAUGGCAUGCAGGAGAUUGCGUACCGCGUAAACCCCGAAAACGUCAUCGCCGGCACCCACCGCGAGUACGGCCAUGCCAAUCUCAAGGCGCAGACGGUCAACGGCCACGUCGACCGCCUGUUCCAGGGGCUCGAGGACUCGAUGCGCGUCUGGAUGAGCCACGGCGACAAGCUGGCGAACCUGCCCGAGGGCUUCCACACCGUGGCAACCUCGGACAACUCUGAGUAUGCCGCCAUUGCCCACGGCAGCAAGCACAUCUACGGCCUGCAGUUCCACCCCGAGGUCACCCACACCGAGAACGGCACCAAGCUGCUCGAGAACUUUGCCGUCGGCAUCUGCGGCUGCCAGAAAAACUGGACCAUGGCUGCGUUUCUCGAGACGGAGCGGAAGCGGAUCCGCGACAUUGUCGGCGAGAAGGGCCAGGUGCUCGGAGCUGUUAGCGGCGGUGUCGAUUCCACAGUAGCCGCCAAGCUCAUGAAAGAGGCCAUUGGCGACCGGUUCUGGGCGGUUCUCGUCAAUAACGGCGUCAUGCGGCUCAAUGAGUGCGAGCAGGUUAAGAAGGAUCUGACCGAGAACCUCGGAAUCAACCUCACCGUUGUAGAUGCCUCGCAGGUGUUCUUGGACGGGCUCAAGGGGAUCUCGGAUCCGGAAAAGAAGAGGAAGUUUAUUGGCGGCAAGUUCAUCGACAUCUUCGAGGAGGAGGCGCUCAAGAUAGAGGCAGCGGCCGCCAACUCUGAUCGGGCGGGCAAGAUUGAAUUCUUCCUCCAGGGCACUUUGUAUCCGGACGUGAUCGAGAGUCUCUCGUUCAAGGGCCCCUCCGCCACAAUCAAGACCCACCACAACGUUGGUGGACUCCCUGAGCGGAUGGCCAACGGUUCGGGCCUUCGCCUGAUCGAGCCGCUUCGCAGCCUGUACAAGGACGAAGUGCGGGAACUUGGCCGUGCUCUCGGAAUUUCCGAAGAACUCGUCAUGAGACAUCCCUUCCCAGGCCCCGGCAUUGCUGUCCGGAUCCUGGGAGAGGUGACGCCCGAGAAGGUCGAGAUCGCUCGUCGCGCAGACAAUAUCUUCAUCACGGAGAUCCGCAAGGCUGGCCUGUACAACCAGAUCUCGCAGGCAUACGCCGCCGUCGACCCCAGCCGCGCCGUCGGCGUCAUGGGAGACAAGCGCGUGUACGGAUACAUAAUCAUCCUGCGCGCUGUCGUGACCAUCGACUACAUGACCGCCGAAGCUUUCGAGUUCCCAUGGGCGGUCCUCCAGAAGGUCAUGAACAGGAUCAUCAAUGAGGUGGACGGUGUUUGCCGCGUCACCUACGAUGUUACAAGCAAGCCGCCUGGAACGAUUGAGAUGGAGUAAGCCUGGGCAGUAAAAAUGGCGUGUGGUGUCGCGGUGCGGCUGGUUUGGGUGGGUUUAAGGCGAUGGAGAACAUCAAGAUCGGGUAAGGCUUAUCAAGCCCAUGAAGUCAUUGGUUUCGGUAAAUUCGGAUAGAUUGGCAUAGACAAUCAGCUUUCACGUUCCCAACGGCGUG